AUGUAUUUGGAAGGGUUGAACGAAAAAGAGCGGCUAAAAGUCAAGGAACUUUGCGCAACUGUGAAUAUUUCAAAUGAGGAGGCUGUGCGAUUAUUGAAAGGUGAUUAUUGAUUGAUUUUUUUGGAUGGGUCUAAUUUUUGAACGAAAAUUCGGGGUUUUCAUAGGAAAACCCAGGCUUGCUUGGGUUUUCACAUGGAAAACUGAAUUUUCUAUUGGAAAUUAGAACGAAUGCUGAAAAAUUUGAUUUUUUCAUGAGGAAAUCUUUACUUUUACAUGAAUAAUGUAUAUUUCUAGCAAAAAAUCUGAAAAAAAAACUCACAUAAAAGCUAUGAAAGUCCGAAAAAUAAGAAAUAAAUUUCAUUUUUCAUUUUUUUUAAAUUUUCAAAACAAGUUAUCUAACUAGGUCAUCACGUAAAUAAAUAUUUGAAAUUAAAAUAUUAAAAAAUUUUUAUUUCUGACCUUUUUGGACCUUUUAACUGGUAAGAAAUCCAAAUUUUCAGCCGAAAACUAACUGCGAAAAUAAAAAUUAUAGAAAAUCACGAUUUUAUGUGAAUUUUCUUCUUCCGGUCUCUAGGCGACCAUUUUGCGUGACUAAAAGUAAAUUCGGUCAACUAUACGAUUUUCAGUCAAAAAAUUAAUGACAUGUGUCAUUUUCGCAUUGAAAUUUCUAAUUUUUGCUGGGGGAAAUCCCAAUUUUCAUCGGAUUCUGGUGAAAUUUGGGAUGAUUUUUAUCCAGUAAAUAGAAAAUUGAAAUUUUAAUGCGAAUUUGGCUGAGAUGCGGAAGCUAUGCCCAAAUUUUCAGCUAAUUUUUGGCUGAAAAUAGGGGUUCCUAUACCGAAAAACAAUGAUUUUCGUCAUUUUCGCAUUGAAAUUCCAAUUUCCCAGUAGAAAAUUGAAAUUUUAAUGCGAAUUUGGCUGAGGUGCGGAAGCUAUGCCCAAAUUUUGAGCUGAAAAUCACGAUUUUCACCAUAAUUUUCCCCUGAUAACCAAAUUUUUUCAUAGAAAAUAACUGGGAUCUACCGCAAUCCUCGCGCCGAGCUUCCGCCUCAAUAAAACCAAUUUGUUCUUCCGCGGAAAAUCCGAAUGCUCUAAUACCGUGCACUUCAAAAGAUGAGAUUUGUGAUUGGGAUCGAAUAACGAGCAGAUAUCGUGUGCACAAUUAUGCAUUCUAUCUGCCCGAUUUGAUAAGUUUGCCCAAUGAGUUUCGCAUGUUUUUGGAGAAGGAUUUGAUUGAGACGUCGACGCAGAGACGAUUGGAGUUUUCCAGUGAGUUUUUUCCAGUUUUUUGAGCUGAAAAUCGUGAAAAAUGAUGAAUUUUGAGCUGAAAAUCAUGAAAAAUGAUGAAUUUUUAGCUUUUUGAGCUGAAAAUCAAAAGAAAAAUGAUGAAUUUUAGGCUUUUUGAGCUGAAAAUGAAGAAAAAUGAUGAAUUUUAGGCUUUUUGAGCCCAAAAUCGUGAAAAAUGAUGAAUUUUUAGCUUUUUGAGCCGAAAAUCAUGAAAAAUGAUGAAUUUUUAGCUUUUUGAGCUGAAAAUCCUGAAAAAUGAUGAAUUUUCAGCUUUUUGAGCUGAAAAUCAAAAGAAAAAUGAUGAAUUUUUAGCUUUUUGAGCUGAAAAUCCUGAAAAAUGAUGAAUUUUCAGCUUUUUGAGCUGAAAAUCCUGAAAAAUGAUGAAUUUUCAGCUUUUUGAGCUGAAAAUCAAAAGAAAAAUGAUGAAUUUUGAGCCAAAAAUCAAGAAAAAUUGAUUGAAUUUUGUGAACUUGUUUUGAAUUUCAAAAAUUUUCCCUGCAGGACACUUGAAUUGGUGGAAUCAAUUCGGUCAAAAGCUCUACCCACUUUCAACAACCGGCGACGGAAAUUGUCUUCUACACGCCGCUUCGCUGGGAAUGUGGGGUGUUCAUGAUCGACAAUUAACACUCCGUGAAACAUUGUAUGAAAUGUUGACGAAUGGAACGAGAAAAGAAGCAUUGUGGAGAAGAUGGAAAUGGGCCGAGCAUAAUGCGAUACAUGUAAGUGAUUUUGGCACGAAAAUUUGAUAAAUUUUGAUAUAAAGCAUAUUGGGAUUACUGUAGAUCAAUUUUGGCGCGAAAAUUCGGUAUUUUUAGACACUAAGUAGUCCUAGACUUUGGAUUACGGUAGGGUUUUUAGCGCCAAAAUUCUAGAUCAAUUUUGACGCGAAAAUAUUCGAAUUCAAAAUUUUCAUUUUUGCCGCCAAAAACUACAGUAAUCCUAGGAAUUUCUUGGCGCCAAAAUUUGAUUUUCAAAUUUUCAAAUAUUGGCGCCCAAAAUUGUGUAAUUUGGGUCAUUGGGGCGAUUAAUAUGAGCAAUGCUUUGAUUUUCAGCAAAUCGGUUGAAAAUUAGGAAUUUCUAACAUGAGCAAUACACUGAAAAUCCAGAUAUUUCUGUACCAAAAAUUGAGAAAAAGUCCAAUGCUCCUUUAAAAAUUCAAAAUUACCGUAAUAUAUUUUGUCACAGAGUGUAAUUUACUACCCGAAAAAUUUCGCGCAUUUUUUGAGACCUGACACGAUCUUAGGGGUGGGACUAAAAUCGACGAAAUUCAACGCAAAAACGAGAGAUUUAGAGAAAAAUUAUUUUUGAUCUACCCAAAAAUUAAUGAAAAAUUUGAGGUCUAGCGAUUUAAGGUAGUAAAUUACACCCUGUGUUGUUGCAGUCAAGCGAACUUGCUCUAACUCUAUCCGACGAUGAAUGGCAACAAGAAUGGGAUGGUCUUGUAGCCCUAGCCUCACCGAUUCCACGUAAACAAGAUGACACGUCAUCCAACUCGACAGAUCAAAUUUACGAGAGUCUCGAAACGAUCCACGUGUUCGCGUUGGCACACGUCCUGAAACGACCAAUUGUAGUUGUGUCGGAUACGGUAUUACGAAAUGCGAAAGGCGAAGAAUUGUCGCCGGUCUCAUUUGGCGGAAUCUAUUUACCGCUCGAAUGUCCGCCAUCACAAUGCCAUCGAAGUCCGCUUGUUUUGUGCUAUGAUUCGGCGCAUUUUUCGCCGCUUGUACCCAUGAGAAGCGAUACGACUAGUAUGAAACGUAGGCAUUUUUUGGGGGCAAUUUUGAGCCAAAAUUCGGGAUUUUUUAAUGAAAAUUUGGGUUUUUGAGAGCAAAAAUGGUUUUUUUUUUGUAUUAAGUGAUGAAUUUUGAGCUGAAAAUCAUGAAAAAUCGUAAAUUUUAAGCCAAAAUUCAGGAUUUUUUAAUGAAAAUUGGGGUUUUUGAGAGCGAAAAUGCUUUUUUUCAAAUAAUAAAUUGAGAAAUUUUGAGCUGAAAAACAUGAAAAAUCGUAAAUUUUAACCCGAAAAAUGUGAGAAAUUGUGAUUUUUGAGCCAAAAUUCGGGAUUUUUUCAAUGAAAAUUUGGUUUUUGAGAGCAAAAAUGCUUUUUUUUGUAAAAAUUGAGGAAUUUUGAGUUGAAAAUCAUGAAAAAUUGUUAAUUUUGAGCCAAAAAAUUUGAAAAGUUCGGAAAAUUUUCCACGUGGAAUUUUUAACCUGAAGAUUUAGCUUGAAAAAUUCACCAGGAGUUUAUUUUUUUUGAAUUCUGAAAUUUGUUCUCAAAAAUUUUAAGUUUUGGCUAAAUAUUUUCAGAUAUUUUGAUAUUGAAUAGGUCUAGGAUUACUGUAGUUUUUGGCGCAAAAACAUGCUUCAAAUUUUCGCGCCAAAAUUGAUCUACAGUAACCCUUAAUUAUUACAGAAAUCAUCCCAAUAAUUGAUAUAAAUCGCAAUCUUCUGCCAGUUCAUUUUGCUCUAGAUCCUGGAGAUAAUUUCAACUGGUGGAAAUCGGAAAAUCAGCCGAAUCACAGUCAAUCCGAAUCAAUAUGUGAAGUGCAAAAACUCGAACUGAUCUCUAGAUAUAUGGAUAUAAUUCGACUUGAUAUUCGAAGAGGAUCAAUUCGUUCAACGAGACGAGUCAGAAGUGCACAUGCUGCGCCUUUAAAUUUGCCACCGGCUGAAAAUCCACAUGGCGCCGCCUCCACUGCUGAAAAAGGAAUGACGUUGGCGUCAUCGGGAAUCUCGUUGGGAAGACACGAGAAGUGGCGAAUUAUUAAUGAGAUUACUGGACAAUUGAUGAGAACAUUGAGAUUGUCGUCGAAUCAGAAGCAGAAGGAGAAAAUUAUUGAGGCUGAGGUGAGAAAUCGCUGAAAAUGAUGAAUUUUGAGCUGAAAAUCGCUGAAAAUGAUGAAUUUUGAGCUGAAAAUCGCUGAAAAUGAUGUAUUUUGAGCUGAAAUUUGCUGAAAAUUAUGAAUUUUCAGCCAAAAUAGUGCAAACUAGAUUUUUUUCCUGAAAAGUUGAAAACUAGAAUUUCCAGAGGUCAAACUAGACUUUCUAGAAGUCAAACUACAUUUAUUUUCUAAUAAAGAUCAAAGUAGACUUUCCAGAGGUCAAACUAGAUUUUCAUUCUGAAAAGUUUAAACUAGACUUUCCAGAGGUCAAACUAGAUUUUUUCCCUGAAAAGUUCAAACUAGACUUUUCCAAUGAUUAAACUACAUUUAUUUUCUAAUAAAGAUCAAACUAGACUUUCCAGAGGUCAAACUUAAUUUUUUUUAACUUGAAACGUUGAAACUAGACUUUUCCAGAGGUCAAACUAUAUUUAUUUUUUUAUAAAGAUCAAACUAGACUUUUCCAAUGUUCAAACUAUGUUUAUUUUCUUAUAAAGAUCAAACUAGACUUUCCAGAAGUCAAACUAGAUUUUUUACUUGAAAUGUUGAAACUAGACUCUAUUUUGAUUUUUUGGUUGCAAAUUCAUAAUUUCCCAUGAUAUCAGGAUCAAUUUUAGGUUAAAAAAUAUGAAUUUUCAGAAAUUUUUUAUCAAAAAUUUUGAAUUUUGGCUCAAAAUUGAUGAAUUUUCACUCAAAAACCACCAAAAAAUCGCAAUUUAUUCCAGGAUUGUAUAUCCCGUAUGAAUUCGACGUGUGUUUUGGCCUCCGAACUUGUUCCAACUCAUCACGAAUAUAUGGAUGUAAUGGUGAAUGAAUAUAUGAAAAGUGCCAAGCAACGAUUUCAACAAAAUCAAAAAAGUGCAACGGCGGCGACGGCGACAUCGGAUGGACGGAAAAGAAUUAGUCGAAGUUUUAGCGCCUCGUCGUUAAUGAUUACUUGUAUUAAUGUGCAUUGUAAUGCGGUUAGUUUGGGCUGAAAUUCGAGAUUUUGACGAAUUUUGAGCCAAAAUUCGAGAAUUUUUGAUAAAAAUUGAGUUUUUGAGCUUGAAAAUUGCUGAAAAUCUUCAGUUUUUUUUGAAUUUUGAGCAAAAAUGAAUGAAAAGUGCUCAAAAUUUUAAAAAAAUUUUAUUUUUAUUUUUUACAUUUCACAAAUUGUUGUGGCCUAGAAAUUCAAAUUGAAUUUUUCUGGUUUUCUAGGCUGUCUGGGUGAAUUGAACGCGAAAACUGAAAUUUUCAACUUUUGGCGGCAAAAACUUUAUUUUCGAAAAAAAUUCACGUGGAAUUUUUAAAAAUUAAAAUUUUCAAAUUGAAUUUUUGGCGCCAAAAAUACAAUUUGCACAGUUUAACCCUUAAAUUUUUAAAUUUUUUAAUUUUUCUAAAAAAAAAUUUUUCAGCUAAUUAAAAAAAGUUAAUUUUAAAAAUCCACGUGGCUUCAAUUUUCAAUUUCAAUAAUUUUUGGCACCGAAAAAUCCACGUGGAAUUUUUUAAAAUUAAAAUUUUCAAUUUUUUUUCAACUUGAAUUUCUGGCGCCAAAAAUACAAUUUGCACAGUUUUAACCUUAAAUUUUUAAAUUUUUCAAAAAAAAAAUUUCCAGCUAAUUUUAAAAAUCCACGUGGCUUCAAUUUUCAAUUUCAAAAAUUUUUGGCACCAAAAAAUGGAAUUUUUUAAAAUUAAAAUUUUCAAUUUUUUUUUUCAAUUUGAAUUUUUGAGCCAAAAAAUACAAUUUUCACAGUUUUAACCUUAAAUUUUCAAAUUUUUCUAAAAAAAAAAUUUCAGCUUAUUUUAAAAAUCCACGUGGCUUCAAUUUUCAAUUUCAAUAAUUUUUGGCAUCAAAAAAUCCACGUGGAAUUUUUAUAAAAUUAAAAUUUUCAAUUUUUUUUUCAAUUUGAAUUUUUGAGCCAAAAAAUAUAAUUUUCAAUCGAUUUUUGAGCACAGUUUCAACCUUAAAUUUUCAAAUUUUGAAUUUUUCAAAAAAAAAUUUCAAAAAAUCCACGUGGCGUCAAUUUUCAAUUUCAAUUAUUUUUGGCACCAAAAAAUCCACGUGGAAUUUUUUUUUAAUUAAAAAUUUUAAUUUUUUUUCAAUUUGAAUUUCUGGCGCCAAAAAUACAAUUUUCAAUCGAUUCUUGAGCACAGUUUCAACCUUAAAUUUUCAAAUUUUGAAUUUUUGGCACCGAAAAAUUCACGUGGAAUUUUUUGAAAUUAAAAUUUUCAGAUUUUUUUUCUAAAAAUAAAAAUCUAAUUUGCAGCCCGCCUCACAAGCCACAAAUUUCCUGUGCGACGAAUGUUUCGCUCAACACAAAAUGGUUUUGAUGUCAUUCAAUUGCGAAAAAUUGGCCGGAUCUUCUUCGAAUUCGAGCUCAAAUUCACAAUUAGCAAAUUCAGGAGGAAUUGGACAAAGUUCAACACUUCCAACAAUUUCAGCAAAUAAUUCGAUUGAUCUGAAAUUGUUGAAUAUUGUGACGAAGGAUGGAACAACCACUAAAACUAGGUGAGAUUUUUGAGAAGUUUUUUUUUUGCGCCCAAAAAAUUCCACAUUUUUUGACUAGGGUUACUGUAUAUUUUGAUUUUCGCGUCAAAAAUCUACAGUAACUCGCUGGGAAUUUUGAGCUACAGUAACCUACAGUAUCGCUAAAAUUCAAAAUUUACAGUGUUCGCGCUGUGACCGACGAAAAUGGAAUAGUUCGAUACUUCUAUGACGUGGCAAACGAGACACCGCCAAAAAAUAUAGAUUGA